UGAUCGAGAAACAUUUGCGUCAUUUUAGCGCUGGGUUCCAGUCCUUUCAGCAGCGGAAGAAUUCUGUACGGAAAGUGGGACUGAAAAUAGCGGGUACAAAAGUCUAUUUUUGCUGCACUGUAGAGGCAAAAGGCGGUUCUAUUGAACGAAAAGGGCACCUACAAGAAACCGCAAAUAUCCUUUAAAAAUGCAGCUGUUACUCGCAUGUGCUUUUUGCUUUGCUUCAGUUUCUCAUGUUGUUGGAAUGUUUUUUUCUUCAGGCAUCCAAAGUACAAAAUGUGUCAACAGUUGCCCUGCAGGUGAGGAGAUGGUUUGUGGAAGUGAUGGCAAGACAUACUUGACUUCUUGUCAUCUACGGAAGGAGUCAUGUGAAAAGAAACAAGAUAUCAAAGUGGAACAUCCUGGAUCUUGUGAUUGUCCCAAAAGCUGCCAGAAGAAUUACAAGCCGGUAUGUGCCACAGAUACAUCAACAAAAAAAGAAAAGACCUACCCAAAUAUCUGCCAGUAUAAAAAAACUGCUUGUCAAAUGAAAAAGUUGAACAAGAACCUUGUCUUCAACAAACGAGGACCCUGCAAGAGAAUGAGCAAAUGCCCAGCAGGAUGCCAAGACAUAUUUGCCCCAGUUUGUGGUGCUGACAACAAAACAUACAGCAGCGUUUGUUCCCUAAAACUAGCCUCUUGUAACAAAAAUAAGAAAAUAUCACUUAUUAAAAUUGGAAGAUGCAAGCCUGGUGAGUGCCCAGAAAACUGUCCAUUGAUUUAUCGACCUAUAUGUGGCAAUGAUGGCAAAUUAUAUCCAAGUGAAUGUGAAUUGAAGCUUACAGCAUGCAGGACAAAUUCUGUCAUCAAACGACUGAAAGGAAAGAAAGCAAAAAGGAUAUGUGGAAAGAAAUGUGUCGCAUUCUGUCCUGAAGAUGAAUCUCCAGUUUGUGGUACUGAUGCUAUCACAUAUGGUAAUGAAUGCAAAUUGUUCAAGAAAAAUUGUGAGAAAGGAAAGAAAGUAAGAGUAGUAAAAAGAGCAAAAUGUGAUCAUCUUCCAAACAAGACUGUUAUAAAGAAGUAACAACAGAAUUUUAGCCGUAGCAGUUUUAGUCAAUGGGGCUUCAUAGCGUCAUUUUUGUUAUUUAAUAAUUUUUUUCAAUUAUCUGACCUUCAGGGCAGGAAAAAAAUGGGCUACAAUUCUAAACAUCUCUCCCAUUCUGAUUGGAAUGUGAAUCUUGUUUGUUUAAUUUUUUUCUUUUUACAUUUUCUUUUGGAAAACAAGUUUUUAAUUUGCAAUAUAGGCAUGUGCUUUUUAAGGCAAAGUUUAAGAUAAAUUUAGUUUUGGGUAAGUUCUUGAGUAAGCCCCCAACUUGGAAUAAGCCCUCCCUCAAAUAAGCCUCAUCCUGAAGUAAUUUUGUAAAAUAAGCCCCCACCCUUGAAUAAGCCCCCAUGGGCUGAAGUAUUGCCUCAAUAGCAAUAGAUUUUUCCCAAUAUAACUGCAUUUUUAAGCAUAC